ACCUUGCAAACAAAGAAGGCUCCGGACUCCCUGCGGCCCCCCGCCCCCCAGGCCGGCCCCCUGGCCCCCAGCCCCCGGCCCAGUGGCCAUUGUAACUUUCCCCCGGGGCUGCGGCCGCCACGGGGCGGGCCGAGGCCGUGCGUGCGAGUCUUUGUGCGGCCAGCGGAGUGGAGCUCCCAGCCAGGCCUGCCUGUCCCACUCGGGACAUGAGCGGCUGAAGUUGGCCCCCGCCCCAGUCCUCACCCCUGCCAGGGCCCCUCUGGGCUCCCCGCCGCUCCCCGCACCUCUCCUGGCCCCUCUCAGUUCUCCCAGGUUGUUCCUCAAAGUCAUUCAAGCUGUACUCGCCGAAGGAGCCCCCGAACGGCAACGCCUUCCCCCCUUUCCAUCCCGGCACCAUGCUAGAUCGGGAUGUGGGCCUCUUCCCUUACACAGCCCAACUCCCAUGUACCCGCCUACAUACCUGGAGCCUGGGAUUGGGAGGCACACACCAUAUGGCAACCAAACUGACUACAGAAUAUUCGAGCUUAACAAACGGCUUCAAAACUGGACAGAGGAGUGUGACAAUCUCUGGUGGGAUGCUUUCACAACUGAGUUCUUUGAGGAUGAUGCCAUGUUGACCAUCACUUUCUGUCUGGAGGAUGGACCAAAGAGAUACACCAUUGGCCGGACCUUGAUCCCACGCUACUUCCGCAGCAUCUUUGAGGGGGGUGCUACAGAGCUGUACUAUGUGCUCAAGCACCCCAAGGAGGCAUUCCACAGCAACUUUGUGUCCCUCGACUGUGACCAGGGCAGCAUGGUGACCCAGCACGGCAAACCCAUGUUCACCCAGGUAUGUGUGGAGGGCCGGUUGUACCUGGAGUUCAUGUUUGAUGACAUGAUGCGGAUAAAGACAUGGCACUUCAGCAUCCGGCAGCACCGGGAGCUCAUUCCCCGCAGCAUCCUUGCCAUGCAUGCCCAGGACCCCCAAAUGUUGGAUCAGCUCUCCAAAAAUAUCACCCGAUGUGGGCUGUCCAAUUCCACUCUCAACUACCUCCGACUCUGUGUGAUACUCGAGCCCAUGCAGGAGCUCAUGUCCCGCCACAAGACCUACAGCCUCAGCCCCCGUGACUGCCUCAAGACCUGCCUUUUCCAGAAGUGGCAACGCAUGGUAGCACCCCCCGCGGAGCCUGCACGGCAGCAGCCCAGCAAACGGCGGAAACGGAAGAUGUCAGGGGGCAGCACCAUGAGCUCGGGGGGCGGCAACACCAACAACAGCAACAGCAAGAAGAAAAGCCCAGCCAGCACCUUCGCCCUCUCCAGCCAGGUACCUGAUGUGAUGGUGGUGGGGGAGCCCACCCUGAUGGGCGGGGAGUUCGGGGACGAGGACGAGAGGCUCAUCACCCGGCUGGAGAACACCCAGUUUGACGCGGCCAACGGCAUUGACGACGAGGACAGCUUUAACAACUCCCCCGCCCUGGGCGCCAACAGCCCCUGGAACAGCAAGCCUCCAUCCAGCCAAGAGAGCAAAUCGGAGAACCCCACGUCACAGGCCUCCCAGUAAAGGCCUUGCCACGGCCACCCAGCACUCUGCCUGCCUGCCCCACUCCUCGCAGCGCCAGGGAGCAGAAGGCAGAAUGAAGAGACUGAGCAUCUAAAAUGGGCAGCCUCAUCCACCCACUUCAGGGAGGACCUGGACUCGCUGGGGGCAGGUGCCAAGAUUUGCCCCCCCACUGGCCCUGGGCUGGGGCUGGCCUCUGCAGAACCUUUGGGAGGAAGGGGGUACUCCCGUGGAUGCCUACGUGGACCUGGGCCUCUGAGAAAUGUCCUGACCACCCCCCAGGGCAUUUGCCUCCAUCCUCAUCCCGGGUUCUGGGUUCCCCCAUCCUCCUGACUCCAUCCCCUUCAAGCCUGGGGUUGUCUGUACCCACAGCCCUUAGGGACUUAAAGUUGUGGGGCUUGGUUGAAUGCCCCUGUCCCACACCCUCCCCUUAGGUGGCUGGUAGUAGAGGGAUAAAGCUCUGGACUCCUCCCUCUGCCACCUAUCCCAGCUCCAAGUUUUUUUUUUUUAAAUAAUAUUAUUAAAAAUGUAAGUUUAAAAAAAAAAGUCACUCAUGUCCCCCCUCUUCCCCUUAUUAAAAGUCCAGCUACCUCCCUACACCUGGAAGAUGGGUGGCUCAGGGCCCAGGCGGAGGCAGGGGGUAGGCAUUACCAUUUUAUACAAAUGAGAGCUGCAGACCAAGGAGACGCUUGGCCAUCUUUCUUCCCUUUUCCUCUGGGCUGACUGGAGUGGGGAAGGCAUGCCAUGGGGUAGGGGGCCAUCGAUGGCCUCACCUUUGGGACACCCCCCCAACACACACACUCUUGUCUCUGUCUCUUUCCUCUAGGACUCUGGGCUGCCCUCCUAGUGCUUAUGCCUCGCUCUCUCCCAGCCCCCAGCCCCCUCCCUUCGUGGUGUGUAUAGUCUUAACAAGUCCUCCACUAGAGCAGCUGUUUUGGAUGGGGGACGGGGGAGGCUCCCUCCCUUAGGGAGCGUGGCGGGAAGGAAGCAAGCAGCCUAGUUUGUCGCUGUGUGUUUUGGUUUUGUCUCCGUUGGGCAGCCGUGGGGUGGGGGAGGGGUUCACCCACUCUCCAGUACUCUUUUACCCCAACUCUUCAAACUGCCCACCUCAUCCUCUCCUGCCUUUCACAGAGGGGUAGGAACCACUGAGGAUGUCAUAGCUCUAGGCCCCCCGGGGAACGGUGGGCCUUUGUCCCCCAGCUGAAGUAAAGGCUCUUUACUCCCAGUAUCCCCCAGUAUCUCCUCCCUCACCUUCUUCACAGAAGGAUGGGGAGGCAGCCAGGCUCCUCAGCUCUCUUUCACAGUUGGACAUGUGGAGGCUCCAGGCCCAGGGUGAGGCCAAGAGCAGGGUCCCAUGAGUCUGGGUCCAGCUCUGUGGCUUCGCUGUUUUUUCCUGUGGCCAGUUCCAGAAGUGUUGGCACCACCUCUCUCCUCACUCUUCCUUCUGGAUUCUGGGGUCCCCUGUUUCUUCCACUCCAGCUGCCACAAUUGGAAGGCUUUUGUGUCAGGAGCUGAGGAAAGGGGUAGGGAAGAUGGAUGUCCCACCCCACCUGUAAUGCCCUUUUUUUUUCUUUUUUUUUCUUUUUUUUUCUUUUUUUUUUGGGCCAUUUGAGUCAUGUAUGGUACCGAUCAAUAAAGAGACUUUUCGGUUUGA